GACAACUUCCCUUCCACCACCAUGUCGACUGACCGGAGCGAGACAUCGACGAUGACAAGUGACGAUGAGGAGCUCAAGAUGUUGGGAUACCAGCCUUCUUUCAGACGGGAGUUCUCCAAUCUAGCUACUAUCAGCUUCGCGUUCAGUAUUAUGGGCUUAUGCUCAAGCGUUGCAACCACGUUCAAUACCCCCCUACUCUCUGGAGGUCCUGCCUCGGUAACAUGGUGCUGGAUCCUUGGCUCGUGCAUGUGCCUCACCCUCGGAUCGAGCAUCGCCGAGAUCGUCUCCGCCUACCCGACUUGCGGCGGGAUGUACACGGCAUCCGCGAAACUCUGCCCCGAGAAGCACCGCGCCAUCGUAGGCUGGGUCGUCGGUUGGCUUAGCGUCAUCGCUCAGGUCGUCGGUCUCUCCUCGUCCGAGUUCGGGCUUGCCAACAUGAUCCUUGCUGCUGUCUCGCUCGCGCGCCCCGCAUACACGGUAACUCCCGGGCUGACCGUCGGAGUGUUCGCGGCACUACUGAUGGUGCACGGGGUCCUUAACUCGGUCGCGACGAGGCAUCUGGCGCUUGCCACCAAGAGCUUUGUGUUUGUGAAUCUCGGGGCGACUUUCGUCAUCAUUAUCGUGUUGCUUGCUACAACGCCGCGCUCGGAGAUGCACUCUGCGAGCUAUGUGUUUGGCGGUGAAGGUAUUGUCAAUGGAACUGGUGGAUGGAACACCGGUAUCGCGUUCUUGCUUGGCUUGCUCAGCGUUCAAUGGACGAUGACUGAUUACGACGCGACGGCACAUAUCUCAGAAGAAGUCCGUCGAGCAGCUUACGCAGCGCCCUCCGCCAUUUUCAUUGCGGUCAUCGGCACCGGGUUAUUUGGAUGGCUCUUCAACAUCGUGCUGAUUUUAUGUUCCGGACCUUUGGAUGGCCUCCCAGGACCAACCGACUCUGCCGUUUUGCAGAUCAUGGCCAAUAGAAUGGGCAUUCCCGCUGCGCUGUUCCUCUGGAGCUUCGUCUGCCUCACAGCCUUUUUCGUUUGCCAGACUGGGCUGCAAGCAGGCUCGCGCACUGUCUACGCUUUUAGUCGCGACCACGGCCUUCCGGACGGAGGCUACUUCGGCGUGGUCUCGCGCUCGACUAGGACGCCUCUUCGCGCUAUCUGGUUCACGACUGUCCUCUCAGUCCUACCUGGGCUGCUCGAUCUCGCGUCACCAACUGCGGCAAAUGCGGUCUUUUCUGCUACUGCUAUGGCGUUCGACACGAGUUACAUCGUGCCUAUUUUCCUGCGCCGAAUGUAUGCGAACCAUCCCGAAGUCAACUUCAAACCCGGGCCGUUCUACAUGGGUGACGGCCUGCUCGGCUGGGCAGCCAAUAUCACUUGCAUAACGUGGACCCUCUUCGUCUGCGUUAUAUUCUCGCUGCCGAAUGACAUGCCCGUCUCACCUGAGAACAUGAACUACUCGUCUGUGAUCACUGUCGGUGUUGUCGUUCUGAGCUUGAUGUGGUACUUUGCUGGCGCACGGAGGUAUUACCAUGGUCCACAAUCAAACCUCGCCUCAUCCGUGGACAGCAAGGAUGCCGAUGGUAUUCGUAUUGAUGAAGAUCUGAAGGAAAAGGCUUGA